CACCGCCUCCGCGCACAACAUGGCGGCGCGGGCGGGCCGGGGCGGUGGGCUGUGAGGGGCGGGCGGGCUGCCCCGGGGCCCGCCGCGGCCGCCAUGACCUACACGGCGGAGCAGCUGGACGGUGUGCGGCGAAUAAAGCGGUGUCGGAACUACUAUGAAAUUCUGGGGGUGGAGAGGGACGCCAGCGAGGAGGACCUGAAGAAAGCCUACCGCAAACUGGCCCUGAAAUUUCACCCUGACAAGAACCGCGCUCCCGGAGCAACGGAAGCUUUUAAAGCAAUAGGCAAUGCUUUUGCAGUUCUGAGCAACCCUGAGAAACGAUUACGAUAUGAUGAAUUCGGAAGUGACCAAGAGCAUGUCAGCACUGGCCAGGCCAGGCACUAUAAUUACUACACAGAAUUUGAAGCAGACAUUACACCAGAAGAAAUAUUCAAUGUGUUUUUUGGUGGGCACUUUCCUACAGGAAAUAUCCAUAUGUUCUCAAAUGUAGCCAGAGAUGCACACUAUUAUCCACGAAGGCACCGAAAUGAAAGAGCAUGGACGCAAGAGCAAGAGGAGGAAGAAAACAGGCCACAGAAUUCAUAUUCUGCAUUUAUUCAGUUGAUGCCAGUUUUCAUAAUAAUAAUAGUGUCAGUUAUAACUCAACUGAUGGCCACAAACCCACCCUACAGUCUAUUCUACAAAUCGUCCAUAGGCCAUGUUAUUAGUAGAGAAACAGAGAACUUGCAGGUGCCUUACUAUGUUGAUAAAAACUUUGAAAAGAAUUAUCAAGGAGCAGAACUUCAAGAGCUAGAGAAAACCGUUGAAAAAGAUUACAUAGACUACAUUCAGACCAGCUGCUGGAAGGAAAAACAGCAAAAGUCUGAUUUGUCAAAUUUGGCCAAGCUAUACAGAGAUGAGCGGUUAAAACAGAAAGCAGAAUCACUGAAACUUGAACACUGUGAGAAGCUCUCCAGUCUGAUUGGAAUGCACAAAGGGGGCUGACCAGGACACACACAUUCUGUAGUUUUAUUUAUUGCUGUUUUAACUUAUGGUUUUUAUUUUCCUUUGUAUAAAAAGGGAAGGAGUCUAUUGUAAAGAGUCUGAAUAUUUGAUUCCUUCUGCCUAUAGUGCAGAGAUGGGCCGACACAAGCUAUAGAGCUAGUGUUUGCUGUAAUAUAUACUGUACACUACAUUUGGUUCCAAGGACCAGUGGCACUUUGUAAAUUAAUUCCCUGGGAAACGCUAUUAGUUUGGAGCCUGUCUUCAUCGGUAGUUUGUCUGCCAUCUGAACAGUAUAUACUUCCCAGGAGAGCAGACAAAUGUCUUCGCUUUCUGUAUUUUAUAUGGACCCGCAAUUCACUCCAUCAUACGAACGGCAUAGUUCUCGGUAUUGAGCGCGCUCACCUUCUCAUAUUGAUACUGAGCAGAUGUCCUUGCUUCUUCAGUGGAUUGUAAUGAGAAUUUAGAUGGAAGGUGACAUGUUUCCUGUUGGAGUGUGAUACACAGUGCUUAAUUCAGAAGAGGCAAGUACCCGCUUCAGGUAAGCGCUCGAGCAGGCUCCCAGCUCUCCGCACUGUCAAAGGGACUUCCCCCUUCUCUUCCUUGGUGGGACAACUGCAACGUGGAACAAGAAGAUGAGAGGCUCUGAAUUGCACCAGUGUCUGCCAAACUGUAGAGAAAGGACAGCUGUAUUUAUUUCUUUUUUACGUUUUCAGUGGCAUAUUUUUAAGCUGGCUGUUUAAUUCUUAUUUUUAUCUGCAGACUCUUCUACAGCUGUUACAGGGGUCCUGCUUUUUCUGGUACAGUUUUGAUGUAGCAUAUUUUUACUCUGUUGAGCAGUUAUGAAUGUUUCACUGUAGAGAUUAGUAUUGCAAAGAAAAAGAUCCAUGUAGUAGUGUCCUGUUUUUUUUUCCUUGAUCCUCUACAAAACCAGGCAUUUAAGGGCAGGUUGAGGAUGGGUUAUACUCGUCAGAGCAGGGAACAGUGUUACUCCAGGUGAGCAUCAGUAACCUCCUGAGGCAGUUUCUCCAGGGUGCCGCCAGCGAGUAGCACACAUGGAAUAACUAUUCUUACAAAGGAAAUCUCUGAGCAAUCCAUGUGCAGGCUUCUGCCCUCCCUCCCUGAUGUGGGUGCAGGUUUGUCUUGGGUUUUGAGGCUUGAUGCUUCUGCAGAUGAGACGUACGCGUCCCCUAUGUGAUUAGACCACGGCAACUACAGCAAUAUUGCUGCUGGGAAAUAACGGUGUGUUAAAAAAAAAAAAAUUAAACAAUAUAGUGACUUCUUAAAA